UUUACUGCGCAGGCAAACGUCCUCAAGCAGUACAAUCGCUGAAAAAUAUUUUAUGGAGGAUUUGUAUCCAGGAGCCAUGACUCCGGUUGAUGAUAUCAAGUAUCUCAUCAACUCUGUCAUCCUUGGAGAGGAGCCGUCUGUGGAGGACUUCAUUCUGUUCAUCGGCACCCUGGUGGCGUUCAUCGCCUUCAUUCUGUGGUGCUGCUUCCCAGUCAUCCCCAAGGACUCGCAACCCAACUCGGAGAACCAGUACCGACACUACAAAAAGACAGAUGCAAACGCCAUGUAUAAGGAACUGCAACGAAGUUAGCCGGCCGGUCGGCGCUAACCGGCCGGCCGCAAUGUUGUGUAGAUGGCAGCACGAUCUGACCGCCAGGUGGCUCUACUCUCGGGGAUGCCAAUAGCGGCUGGGAUGGCGAACUCAUCUACAUGUCUGAUGUAUUUCGUGUCUGAGGCGAUACGGCCCCGGCGGGUGCUUACCGAUACUCUGGGGCAUAAUGCACGUUCCAGGUGGAGCGUGCCGAGGGCAGUAACCGGGGGCUGCUUCGCUUGGCGACGUUUGCCCCGCUCGUGACUACAAGUAUCGUGUCCUCUGUUGAUCUAACGAGUGUUUGUGAUGCCACUUUUCUUGAUCCCGGCGCUCGAUAAGCGUUUGCUGAUUGUAUGUGUAUGUGUGUGCGUGACUAUGUGGUGGAGCACAAAGCUAACGGCAGUGGGCGGCUCGCUUCGACAUUCGGCCGGCUUUUCCUCGUGCGCUGAGACCCAGCGCCGGGCGGAGUGACGAAUCGCGUGCGUCUGGGUGUCUCCGCAUGCUCAGUGUGCGCUCGGGCUCUGUAUCAUGAACCGUAUGGCCGGGUGUAUUACACGCCAGUGGCCGGCUGACCUCUCCCACAUUCCGGCGUUCGCCGUCCAGCAGCCUGACCUGACCUGACCCUCAGUGACCCAGCCGCCUGCUCCAGUUAUUACCCGGAUUACCAUCCCUCGAUGCUAAUGUCUACACCUAUAUCCCUAAGUGGAGGACCUACUGUUGUGUGCCGUUUUCUGGCGGUUAGUAUUCGGCUGAUUGUCUGGCGUUGCUCCAUGGGUGUUGUGACUUGUUUUGGCGAUCGUGGACAUUGAUUGGUCAAUCCCCUCCCUGUUGAUGGCUGCUGAAAGUUCUCUGCUCUCUCUCUCUCUCUCUCUCUCUCUCUCUCUCUCUCUCUCUCUCUCUCUCUCUCUCUCUCUCUCUCUCUCUCUCUCUCUCUCUCUCUCUCUCUCUCUCUCUCUCUCUCUCUCUCUCUCUCCUCUCUCUCUCUCUCUCUCUCUCUCUCUCUCUCUCUCUCUUUCUCCCCCUCUCCCUCUCCCUCUCCCUCUCUCUCCCUCUCUCUCCCUCUCUCUCUCUCUCUCUCUCUCUCUCUCUCUCUCUCUCUCUCUCUUUCUCUCUCACACCCACACACACCCACUCCUAGUUAAUAUACUAUUUGUCUGUCCUAUUUGACCUUCCAGCUCCCCUUUUCCUAUCCUCUGCCUCCUCUCACUCGUCAGCUGUCCAGCCUGAUCCUGUCCAGUCUGUACAGACUCUCUGGGUUGUUCGCCAUGUGUCGUGUAUUUAUAAUGUAUAUUAUUAACUGUGAUACGCGCCCGAUUACCAUGCCGCCAUCCCCGGGCGGAUAAGCAGUCGUUUCCGCUCUCCGGUCUUGAGUGUGCGCUCGUGGCAUUCGGUGCGUCAUUGGGCUCUAUGAGACGGCGCAUCGGAGCGGGCGACGUGCUUUUAUGAAUUUGUCGUACAAUAUACUGGAUGGAAUA